AAGCAUACUUUUUCGGCCAUUUCCGGUUCUGUGUUUUAUGGACGCUUCGUGUUUGCUCGGAGCGUUUAUCGUUUUUUCGUUCGAAGAAUUGGAGUUACAUUUAUAGAAAAAUAAGUAAUUCUCGUUGUAAGAUACUAUUUUUGAUUGUUUGAAAAUAUGUGGUUAGCGUGAUAAAGUAACGAGAAGUUGGUGAAAAUCGUAUGAAAAGAAAUCUUGGCAGUUGUGUAAAUAGCGCGUAGUGGUGCUUGCGCGUACGUUAUGCGCAUUCGCGGACAGAUGAGCGCGGGAUUGUGGUACCCAGACGCGAGGGGAUUGUAGCACGGCUACUUACGCGAAGAGACGUUUAAUGGAGUUCUUGAUGAAGUGACGGGUAACGAAAAAGUAACGUUCUUCGCGCAUUGAUCGUUGAAGUACGUAGAAUUAGCGUUUGGUCCCAAAGGGGCCACAAAAUGGACGGUGUCAAUGUGAAUGGCGGGAACGCCGAUGAGGCGCGCGACAAUCCUAACCUAGAAGCUGGAAGUAUGCCGGAUUUACAGGAAACACAAGAUAAAGUUGAAACAACCAUCAAAGCGGACAGUCAAGAAGUGAAUGGAGAUGUUAAAGGUUCACCAAAAAAGGGUAUGAUACCACAUAUUAGAGAAAAACUAUGUAAGUUCAAGGCCAAUUCAACUAGUAUUAUUGAAAGUGAUACAAUGUUAAAUAUAAAAGGACGCAAGCGAAAGCUCUCGGAGCCCGAUGAUGUUAGUUCAGAGGAGUCAAUGGAAUUCACUGGAUUUGAUAUUCAAGGAGCUAAUGAGUUGCAGCGUGGAAGUUAUGUGUUGAAAAAAUUAAUUGCUGAAGCUGAAGUAGCUGAAGCUCAAUUGGCAAAACGGCUUAGAUAUAGUAUAAAGAAAAAUUAUGAUGGAAGAAAAGAUGACGAACAAGAUUCGGAUGAUAGUAGAAUGCAUAGUUAUGAAUCGGAACAUGGGUUAGAUAUAGACAAAAUAAAAAAAGAAAAGGAAUCUGAUAAAUCUGAAACAGAUUCGAUUGGAAUACCAAAUACUAUGGAGACUGAAUUAGAGGUACAAAAAGCAGAUGGAACUUCAUUUAAAUCAACAAAUUCAUCAUCAGCUACCAGUAGUCCAGCAACAUCUCUAAAGUCUAAAGGAAGCCGUAUUUCGCGUGGAGUUAGUCCAGGAAGUACAAAACAGAAAGCAGCUGUCGAUGUAACAAAUCCAGCGUUCAAAGAACCUUUUAAAUAUGGUUGGAAACGAGAAUUGGUAUUUAGAGCAAGUAGCGAUUCUAGCCUGAAAAGAAUGGCCGAUAUAUAUUACUAUACACCGAAAGGGAAGAAAGUCAGAAGUUUUAGAGAAGUUGCAGAAUUUCUUAAUACUAAAGAGUUAACUAUUGAUAACUUCACAUUUUUCAAAGAACCUCUUGGUCUGGAUGAUCCGGAAAAGGAGAUUAUUCGGGAUGCAAAAAGGAUAAGAGGAUAUGGGUCGGGUACCCCAGGAAGAAGAGGGUAUAAGAAAAGUACUCCUGUAAGGAGGGUUUUAGAAGAACCUUCGUCGAUGCCUGUAUCAGUGCCUACAAAAGCUGCUACUAAGUCACCAAAAACUCCAACAACUGGAUUUAAAGUGAAAGUGCCUGCGAAGAAAACUCCGCAAAUAACAGAAAUAAAAUCGCAGUCUGAAGAAAGUGAGAUGCUUCCACCGCAACGGACCACGAGUACAAGGAGAAGUCAACAACUUGUCGAAAAACCACCACCUCCCAAACCUAAAAGACAACUGACGCCCAAAGUUCAAGAACCAUGCAGUAUAAGAUGUUCAACAAGUAUGGGGUUGAUACCAAGCUUACAAUGUCGCGUGUGUCUCUGUUUAUAUCAUCCUGAAUGUGUUGAUGGUAUGGAAUUUACAGGAAGUGAUAAUUAUGUUUGUAAGAACUGUCAGCAGGACACUAAUGAAUCUCAGCAAUCUCAAACAAAUCCAUCUUUAACACCUCCUCCAUUGAUACCGAUUAGUAUGCUAGGCGCACAGAGUGCAAAAUCAAAACAUCAAGUAAAUUUAACUCCACCAAAACUUCAGAGAAUUCCGAAAUCUGACGGUGCAGACUCACAAUCGCGAAAUAGUACUAAAGUAACAAAAUCCUCUUCGACGACAUCGUAUUUUCCUUCGAAUUUAGAUAAGAAAGAGAGUAGUUGGUUUCCUCAGACAGAAAAUGAAUUCUUACAAAGUCACGAUGGAACUAUACCAAAACCAGCACAAAAUAUUGCUCUAAUGGGAGGUAAAAGGUAUAUCGUUGUACCAAAAAAUAAUGCUAUGGCUGUUCAGCCAGCUAUAACGGUAAAACCUGACAAAAUUGGUGAUAAACCUCCUGUACUUCAGGAUGGUUCGCUUACCGAUAUAUCAAAUACUGUUGAAAGUUCUAUGCUUACAAAGUCACAUGCUUCUUUAUCAACAAAAUCAUUGAGAAAAGAUAUCCUUGAUAAAUCACCCGAAAAAAGUAUGUCGAAAAAUGUAUCGUAUACAGAAACUGCACCAAAUUCUGAAGUAGAGGAAACAGAAGAAAUGUGCAAUAAUAAUAAUACUAGAACAGAUAUAUUGGCUGAAAAUAAAUCUCAGAAUGAUUUUUCUAAUACGGCGACAGAUGUUGCGUUAGAAGCGAAGAAAUCAGUGAAUCAUAAAUCACUCGAAAGGAUAACAAAUACAACUAAUAAAAAUGAUCUACCAAAGGUAGAUUCGCAUCAGUCCGUUCUAAGUAAUUUGGGUACAAUUAAAACAAGUAGCAAGAGAAAAAAUCAACAGGAAAUAGAACAUCAACAACAACAUUUUAUGGAUUCGGUGUGUGCCGGUUAUCACGCGUUACUGCGUAUAUUUCAAUAUCUGAAGGUUCAAGAGUUGCUACGCGCUGCAAGAGUUUGUAAAAUGUGGCGAGACUUGGCCGCGCAUCCCUCUUUGUGGAAGACUGUACGAAUGAAAAAUAGUCAAGUAACAGAUUGGGAUGGUUUAGCGGAUACGUUACAAAGACGAGGCACCCAACAUUUAGAUCUCCGGAAGAUGCUUGUAGCAGGGGAAUCUGAUAGCAUUUGGAAAAAGUUUUUGUCAGUAAUACCACGUGUAACUAGCCUGGUCAAGUUAGAAUUGUGUAGAUGCCCUGUGAUGGUUGUCGAAGAAGUUAUUAAAAGCUGUCCCCAAUUAGAAGUACUGAGUGCAAUGUCGAUAAAAUGUGAUUCAUUAAAUUUGGAUUCGAUUGGAAAUUUGAAACGUUGUCAAGAAUUGAGGCUCAAAGCAAUAAGUGGAAUGUCACUACAAGAAGAUCUCACACCUUUACAAGAAUUGACACAAUUAACGCAAUUGAGUUUAACGUCGGUUAAAGAACUAGGAAAGAAGAAAAUCGAUAUUAUACAAGCUUUAGUCAAUUUGGAAGCAUUAGAAUUGGGCGAAUGUUCAGAUUUUCCUGACAAAUUUGGUACAACAGUUUUGAUAAAAUUGCAAAAAUUAGAACGCCUUAGGCUUGAAAAGGGACAAGGUUCGUGUUGCACGUUUAAUAUUUUAGAAGGUGUGUCGAAAUUACAAAAUUUAAAUCAAAUGGAAUUAGUCAACUUUGACGUGAAAAAUGGUUUCGAUAAAUGUCUGGCCAAUUGUAAAAAUAUUAAAAGGUUAUUGAUAAUACCCACUUACAUAUCUCAAUCGGCGACAUCCAACAAUAUGGUGCUUGGCGGUGUUACUGAAUUAUCAAAUAAUUUGACACAUUUUGUAUGGGGUGUUACACUCGAAUUACUUAGGGUAACUGAAUUAUUUGUUGAUCAAUGUAAUCUAAUGAGUAAACAAGUUACUGGCGACUCGAUACCAGUAUUGAAACCAGUGCCCUGUUUGAAGUUAAUUGAAGAUGUUGAGGAUGAAAAUGACAAUCAAAAAGGUGAUGAUAAACAACAACCAAAUUUAACAAAUCCUCAAGUAGAUAUAUUACCGUUGCCUCAACUUCAAAAACUUUUGCUAACCGCAUUGCCUAAAACAAGAGUUAAAAUCUUGAAAAUUCCUUUCCAUGCUACGUGGCGACAAAGCAUUUCAGAUACUGCUACGCAAUAGAAGAAGAUGAACUAAAGUGUUUCUGUUACAAAUACUACAAGGAAAAAAAAGAAUAUCCUGAUACAGGAGGAGAAAUAGAAAUCUUGUAAAUUUGACUCCAUAGUGUCUGCACAAUUUAUUCCAGUACUUGUGAAUUGGAUGAAAAGUAAUUUAAUAUUCAUGUACUAUGUGUUUUUGUAGUUUCUAACAGUUCCCCUUAAAUACCGAUGAUACACUAAAGUAGUGAAAAAUACUAUUCUAUCUUCAACUCCUUCUUGAAACGUUGUUAAAGACAGAAUAGUAUUUGGAUGAUAAAAACAGGGGACCACAAAUGCAUUGUGUGCUAUUUUGGAUGACAAGCAAAAUCUAAUGAGGCUGGUAUCCUUGUAUAAAUCAUUUGAACAAAGAAAGUCUUAGCAUUUGUAGACAGCAAUAUUUUUAAUGUGUGUCCGUAAAUUAUUUGGUUAUACUUCAACGUGUAUCAACAUGGAAGAGAAAUUUUUCAUCUAAGAAAAGAAAAAAAAAUACAAUGAAUGUAAAUGUUUUAAGAUAAUUAUUAUAUAAAAUUAAGAUUUACAAAAUCAUCGCGCACAUUUAUUAAAGGGGAUGAAGUAUAGAAUUUUCAGUUUUUACGAAUAUUGAACUUUUACAUUCGGUAGUGAAUUAAAAGAAGAAAUAUUUUUAUUUCAUGAUACAUGAUAAAUUUCGAAAAAGUUUCUAUUGAGGGUAGCACUAAUGAACGAAAAAAAAAAGUAAAAGAAACGAAAUCAUGUGGUGUAUAAGGCUCUAUUUAGUGGUUAGGCUGUAUAAAUAACGGUUAUACAUUACUUGAAAUACAUGUGUAUCUUUAAAUAUUUAAGAUACGAGUUUUCCGCUGCAAAGAAAUUACGGAGAACCUUGUGGGUAAUGUUGUAGAAUGUGUAAUAUAUUUAUAAUUCUAUACGAUAUAAUAUUAUAAAGAUGUAGUUAUUAAUCUGUACUCGGUACAAAUUGCGUAAUUACGAUAAAUUUCUUAACAAGGAUAUUUAAAUUUUCUGUCGAAUGUUAUAAUUCUUUAUUUUCCUUCCUUCUUUCUUCUGUUUUGUUUUAUUUAACGAGUAGGUGUAUGUAUGUACACUGUUAGUACAAUGUCAAAUUAGAUUUCAUACUGAAAUAAUAAAGAUGAAGAAUAUUGAAAAAUUGUAAUUAUUCAAAGGGAAGAGUUACGUACAUAAUUUCUGAAUAAUAUUGAAAAAAUUAAUUUAAGAAGUAAUAUUAGGUAAAUGAAAAAUUUUCAGGUGAUAUUAACUGUUAUAUCAAUUUGUUAUUUAAGUACGUCACGUUUUUCAUCCGUGCAUCGAAUUAGUUGCGUUUUGUAAAAAGUUUUACAAUUAGUUACCUUACUUUGCAGCGUGAAAAUUCUUCUUAUUAUUUUAUUACGUUAUUUUUAAUUGUACACACAAAUGAAAUAAUUUAUACAAAUUAAGGGGGUUCUAAAGACAUGCUCCUAGUUAACCGAGUUAAAUAUACAAAGUAUCCGAAAAGUGGUAUACGCCGUGAUUACUCUACGUUCUUCACGCUAAAAGAAAUUGGAAAAUCUUAUCAUAUUGCAUUUUUAUAUUCAAAAAUUUGUGAAGUAGUAAAGGAUUUUUAUUUCCAUUCCUUAUACCGUGUAGAAUUUCCAGUUUUCAGGGUGUACGUCAGUCAAAUUGAGAUACAUGGUGUGAGAGAAAAUAUUUUUUACGUUAAAUAUGAAAUGUGAAUAAUACGAAAUUAUAUAUACAAAUAUAUAUAUAUAUAUAAAUAUAUAUUCAUGAUUCUUAGCAUUGA